UAAAACACAAUGCAUUCAUUCUUCAAUUCAAUCUUUGAGCGGUGACUUUGUAACGCUUUCCAGUUAGCUUAGCUUAGCUUGCCGCAAAGCAAAGGAAGAGCGACGCAACUUUAGCAACGCGCAUUGUGAUCGCGAUAGUGCGGAAAUGUGUAAAGUGGAAAUGCUGAGAGCGUUACUGAGCCAGAGACUGAAUGCAGCCGUUGAAGAAAUAUUUGUCGUGUUUGAAAGAACGAUAGCAGAGUACGAGAAGGAACUUUGUCGGACAAAAGAGGAGAACGAGCGACAACGUCAACUACUGGACACGCUCAAGAAGACUCAAGUUGAAUUACAUGAACCAGACGUGAGUGAAGAAGAUGUUCCUUCUGAGUCGCAGGAGUGGAGCUCCAGGGUGGAGCAGCAGGAGCCAGAUGGCCCCCACAUUAAAGAGGAAGGGGAGCGAGAUCAGCUUCAAGGGUUGGAGUCGGCAGUGAUUCGUGUCAUUGUGAAAAGCGACGAAGAAGAAGAAGAUGACGGAGACCACCGUGGAGGAUCACAAGCAGACCGCCUCUUUGCGCCGCUUUCCGAUAGCGACGACACAAAGUCGCGCUCUCCUGACACUGAUGUGACCUGUCGCACCGAUGACAAACGCUUCAAAUGCCCUCAGUGUGACAAAGCGUUUGGGAGCAAUUAUUCUCUGAAAAGACACAUGCGAAAUCACACUGACAACGAGCACUUGAAAUGCUCCGAAUGCGGGAAGACCUGUGUUGACAAGUACAUUUUGAAGGUGCACAUGAGAACACACACCGGUGAGAAACCUUUCGUCUGCUCAGUUUGCGGUAAAGGGUUCGCCCAAAAGGAAAAUUUGAUAACACACGUAAGAACACACACAGGAGAGAAACCUUUUACAUGCUCAGUUUGCAACAGAGGUUUUACUGAGGGUUCGGCAUUGACUCAACACAUGAGAAUACACACCGGUGAGAAACCCUUUCCGUGCUCAGUGUGUGGUCAACGCUUCUCAAUCAAGUCAAAUAUGUUGACGCACAUGCGAAUACACACCGGAGAAAAACCUUUCGCCUGCUCAGUGUGUGGCCUUCGAGUAACUCAAAGGGGUACUCUCAAAACUCACAUGAGGACUCACACUGGCGAAAAAGGUUUCAGUUGCAGUGCGUGCGAUAAGAAAUUUUCUCGUAAGGAGAAGCUGAUUAAGCACAAGUGUGUUGAGAAUAAUGAAACUGCAGCAAUUGAAAUUAACUGAAGACUUUUUUUUGGUAACAUUAGCCUGGUUUACCCUGUAUUCCAAAAGUUUGAACAAAUACGGAACCGCUGGAAAAUGUAAAAAUUUUGGAUUCCAGCACAAUAGUAUCAUGCUGUUGCUUUAAUAAAAGUGUUAGAACAAUCACAACUACUGUGCUAAAUAAACAAGUGAACUCAAUCUUGAUAAAUCACGCAUGUCACACGUCUGUAAAACGGCUGUUCUGAUUCAACGCAGUCGUACAUUUGAUUGGAAUAGAUACACCAACUCAGACCUGAGAGCUUCAAUCGGAAUCAAUCAGAAUGGAAAAAAAAGUCUGCAUGUAAAGCCUAUUACCUUUGUUGUUUUACUGGCUUUGUGUGUUUUCACCAUCCUGUGAAUACGCUUUCAUGUCAGUCAUUAGUGUUUUUGUUUUGAAUUAUUCUGCUGAAUUGAUGACCCACUAGCAUUUACAAGGAUGAUGAAACUCAAGGUCCAAGCUGGCCCGCCAAAUAAUUUUUGUGACUCACUUACUAAAUGGAUGUGUUGUUUUUAUUUUGACAGAAAAUCCGUACCAAAAUUGGAUAAUUAUCUUCACUUUUUACAGAUACUAUUACAAACAUAUAUUCCCUCCAAAUCCACUUUUAACAUCAGCAACAGUUGCAUAGUUAUAUAUAUAUAGUUGUGACUGUUUCCCAUGACUUCUGAUUUCAAAUUCAUCAUUAUCAUGUUAUCACGGCCCACUCUGCUGCAUUUGCACAAUUGCCGUUAUCCCUUACGUUUCUCACUGACUCGCUGUACAAAUGUGUUUAUUUCCUCAACAUUUUUUGUUCCAAUGGCUUGUUUGUUGUUGUACUAGAGUGCUCCAUUUGAUGUGUUUUUAACAUACUGUACUUUGCCAAUAAAGAGGAUUCAGAUUCUGAGAGUAUUACUACAAUGUGGCGCAUAGUGUAAAUGAGCUUGACAUCCCCGACGCAGGGUGAGGUUCUUAUGGGAUACAGCAGACAGAAAAAUUUCACAA